AAAAUGGGAUUUGAAAUUGAUCGCUUUGAAAGUCCAGUAGACCCAGACUUUGUAUGCAGGUUGUGUGGUAAAGUUUUAGAAGAGCCUCUUACAACUCCAUGCGGGCAUGUGUUUUGCUCUGGCUGCGUGAUUCCGUGGGUCGAUAAGCAAAGCAGUUGUCCUGUCAAGUGUCAGGGGAUCUCCACCAAAGAACUCAACCACGUACUCCCGAUGAAAAACCUCAUUUUGAAAUUGGAUAUUAGGUGCGAUAACUAUUCCCAAGGCUGCAGAGGAGUGGUAAAACUUCAGCAUCUGUCGGACCACGUUGAAAUGUGUGACUUUUCAUCAGUAAACUGCAGAAAUAAAGGAUGCGGCGCAGUACUUAAUUUAAAAGAUAUGGACUCGCACAUGCGUGAGAAAUGUGAGUACAGACUAACUGAGGUCUGUAAAAACGGAUGCGGUUUAAUGCUCACUCUCAAAGAAAAGUUGGAAAAUCAUAAUUGCAGAGACGCCCUCAGGACACAGAACUGCGUUCUUGAAGGAAAGUUGAACAGUUUGGAAAGGCAAUUAAGGCGGCAAACUAUCAGAGCAAGCAAUCGUGAGAGGUCCCUCCUUGCGCAACUGUCCACGGUCCACGGUGAGCUUCAGAUAGCGGCGCUGGAAUAUCAAAAGAAGCGCACUGCAUACAAAGCGAGAAUGGACGCGCUUUCUAGCAACCGGGUCCCACUAAGCAAGGGGGAAGAAACAAGAAGGCUCACAGUUACUCUCCACAGAUCAUCAGGUUCUCUCGGCUUCAAUAUCGUAGGUGGAAGAUCGAGUGUGUGGUCUGAAGCCUGUGGAGAUUUCAGUGAUGGGAUUUACGUUUCCAAGAUAAUGGACAACGGACCAGCAGACAUAGGAGGCCUGCAGGCAUAUGACAGGAUCAUAAAGGUAAAUGGAAAGGACCUUUCUCUGGUCACACACAGUCAGGCAGUAGAGGUUUUCUGCAUGGCCAGAGACCGUGUUGAGGUUGAGGUACUGCGCAGGGCUGCCCCUGCUAAGACGUCCAACUCUCCGUCACCAGACCCCAGAGGGGUGGACGCCAGCACCCAGACAGGUGACUCUCUGGAACACAAAGAGCCAGUGGUGAAUGUCGCCUCUUCUACUACAUCUUUGGGCAUGACCAUGCCGGAUAAACACAAAUGCCUUUUUCCCAUUGCGAGUCAAGCAGAAAGCUGUGGGUCCAGCCAUGGGAUGUUUUCCCCUAGGUACUCAUCUGAGGACAGGCUGAAAGGCUCAAGGCAGGGAGAAGUCUGUCAUGAGGAGGUGGAGCCGAGAACGACCACUCAAGACAAGCUGGCAGCUCUGACAGUAUGCUGUAAGACGGAAGAUGGAGAUGAAACCGGUUUUUAUGUGUGUGAGGAUGACGGGCAGUUGGAGGAAGAUGAGAACAAUUUGCGAGAUGAUUUGCACAUGGAUAUGCCGGGGCCACAGCACUGCCAAGCCAUACAGCUCAGUGGAAGCCGGCUCCAUCAGAGAGAGCCUGAGGAAGAUGGAGGAACUACAGACACGGCCACUGUCUCCAACCAGCACAAAAAAGACAGCGGUGUCAGCCGCACGGACCAGAUCACACGCAACGAUGAGAGUUCCGAGCAGGAGAACCCGGGUGAUGAGCAGACCUUCACCUCCGACCCCCUUCUAAGCCCAUGUAGAAGCCAGGGCUCCGACCGAGGCCAUCUGUCCAGCAGACAUGCACACUGGAGUCACGAGUCCCUUCUCUCUGUCGACGGUGUGGAGUUCCCGAGUGAACCCGAGCUAGAGCGCGGGCGCUUCCAGGAGCUGCUUGAGUCGAAAUGUCUGGUGAGCGAAGCCACUCCCUUUGCAAGCGCGACGUCACGUAGUAACGUCCUUAGUUCGCGUUGUGAGGAGCAAGAGGUUCGGACGCUCGAUGAAGAGCUAAGCAAGGUCAAGCUGGAGUGCUUGAGUUUCAUACGAGCGUGCAGGUUCCAGCGGGAGGCCCGAGGCCAGCAGCCGAGCCGGGAUUCUGGAGCACAGCUGGGAUGUACCAGUGAGGGCGGCGCUACCAGAGGACAGCAACGGUACGGCUCUGCCACCGGAAUCCCGGAGCAAAUGGGCAAAGAGAGCUCCAGCGCCUACAACACAGGAGAGAGUAGCCCUAGUUCAUCUCCCGCGCUUGAGCUUCCCCCACACACUGGACUGUCCAGAGGAACAGAGAGGAGCAGUGAAGAUGCCUUCACACACAGACACGAACCCAUCCCAGCGUCUUCUAAGCAUACGCUGUCCCCUAUACAACAGACCAUGCCCACCAAGACCUGGGCUCCCUCUGAAGAGUCUGGGACAGCCAAUCAGGGGAGAGGAAAGGGGCAUUCGGGUAGGAGCGGCCCGGCUACCUCUCUCCGUUCGCCCCACAAACACGCCCACAUCCCGGCGCACGCCCAGCAUUACCGCAGCUACAUGCACCUGGUGCAGCAGAGGGCGGCCGUGGAGUACGCCUGGAGCGAGGCCAGCCAGAGCCGGAGCCCCCGGGGCUCGCCGGCGGCCAAAGCGCCCAAGGCAGAGUGGAGGGUGAAGAUCCGCAACGACGGCACGUGUUACGUCACCGGGCGGCCCAACCGGGAGGAGCUGCUGAGGGAGCGGGCCCUGCGCAUCCAGCAGGAGCGCUAUGGCACCACCACGGACGAGGAGACAGCGAGCCAGCUGAAGGUGGGCCGCUACUGGACCAGAGAGGAGCGCAGGAGGCAUGUGGCCCAGACCAGAGAACAUCGUCUGCACAGGGAGGUCGCCAGGCAGUGUCACCCGGGGCAGCAAGUCAGACGGGCGGGGGACGAGGGGGAGCCCAACAUCCUUCAGCUCAGCCACAAGAAGGCGAUGAAGACGAGAAACAAGAAGAUCUUGGACAACUGGAUGACUAUCCAGGAACUGCUGACGCAUGGUGUGAAGUCACCAGAUGGAAUGAGGAUGUACAGUCCCCUCCUGUCCGUCACCACAGUGUAAGGGUCUGCAGACUGGGCUCUUACAGACCUCCACGAAUAUUACUUUUAACUGAACCACAGCAAUUCUGCCAAACCAAAAUCAGAUAUGUUUUCACUACUUAUAAAUAAAUGGCCUAUCUGGAAAAUUAAGGUUUUUUUAGUAGAGGAUGGAGGAAAGUGUAUUUACACGCAAAUGUAGCUCAAGGCUAAAUGUCAUCCUCUGUAGACCUCAACCACCAAUAAUUGCUGAAAACGUUAAAUCCAACCACCAUGAUAAUUGGACUCAUAUAUACCAGCAUUGGCAGGCGCAUGAAAUUUACCCCUGAAAUAAUGCAUCACUACUUUUAACAUCCAAGACUUUUUGUUCUGUUCAAAGUUCAAAACAACAUAUGAAUCUUCAUUGUUUUUUAUGCAAUUAAGGUUAGAGGUUCAAAAAAACAACGAAUUGAGGGAAAUGCUUUUUUUCCCAAUCUGACAGUAACUUCCAAAUAUCAGCUUUGAGAGAGAGCUUUUUAAGAACCCAGGAGCACUCCUUAACAAUGUUUUUUAAAUUUAAAAUGGUAAACAAUAUUUCAGAUGUGAAAAGCUGUUGCAAAUAUCGUUUGCAAAUUGCUGGAGAUAUUAUUGCACAUGAUUAUAAAUCACCCAUAUUAAAUAUUUAUAA